AUGGGCAACGGACUCGCCCCGUGCUUCGCUCCGCGCUCGCACUCCGGCACUGUAAAAUUGGUUUUCUGGGGCAGCGGCGGCGCGUCAGAGUCGCUGUUGCCCCCGCGGGAUCGGCCGCUCCUAGCCGGGGAGCUCAUGUUCGAGUUCCCCGACCGCGUGCUCUGCCGCGCCGAUGCAUUCUAUGUCGGCCGCCCCUUCCCCAUCCUCUCCUUCGACGACGCGCUCCUCCCGGGCCACACCUACUUCGUCCUCCCGCUCGACCGCCUCCGACCGCCGUCGGCCGUCGUCACCGUCGCGUCCCUCGCGUCGCUGUCGCCCGCCGGCCUGCCCGUCGAGUUCGCGGGAGCGCAGUGCAGGCCGUUCGAGUACGUGAGGGGGCACGACGGCAGGAUGGCGAUCAAGGUGGUGCCGGAGUUUAUCGCGAGAGUCAUCACCGCAGGCGGACAAGAAGGAAGCGAUCGUCGGCAUGAGACGGCAGCAGCAGCGACACCUCUGUGCAGCACGCCGGAGCUGCAGAAGCACUACGCGCAGCUGGUCGGGUUGGCCAGGGAGCGGCCGUGGUCGCCGCAGCUCGAGACGAUUAAGGAAGUCACGAACAGCACUAUUUUUUCUAAAAACCAAACGAACAGAAAAUACUUUUUCAGACAGAAAACUAGAUAGUUUUCGAUAAAUCGAAGACCCCCUAAGAUUUUGUUGAGGGGUUUGCCUAGGAGCUUAAGUU